GAAGGCAACAAAUUUAUUUUAUUUUAUUAAAAAAGCAAAGCGAAAUUUACAAAUGAUUGAAUGGUUGAAGUAGGCAGGGAGAGCUGUGAACAUGGCGUUCAUGAUGAUGAUGUUUCUGUUUGACUUGGCUGCUUCGUAACGUUCUCUCUUCAAUACUAUAUUCAUAUUUCCCACCACCUUCACCUUCGCCUUCACAUUCAGAUUUAUUCUCUACCAGAUACUUGUUUUUUUUAAUCCAAAUAAUUAUUUUUUGACAGAAACAGCUCAGUUCAUAGUGCUCAUUCGCAUGCUCACGCAUUUUCUUAAUUAUUUUCUCUCUCCAUUUUCUGUUUGCUGAGGAAAUGUAUUGAAGAUUAUUGCGUAGUCGCAGCCACGUUUAAUUGCACAUUUCUCGCCAUAUCUUCCGGAAAUAUUUUUUGAGGAUCUUUUACCUCUUGGCUUCUUUUUUCUGGAAUGUCAAGAUUCCGACCUGUUUUUGACAGGUGAGAGUUCCCUUCAAUUCUAAGUAAUUUGUUUCCUCUCUCUUGCUGAUUCAUUUGGGCUGCAUUUUCGUUUGGGAUUUUGUGGAAUUUGUGAUUAGUCGUUGCAUCUUGACUCCACUGGUACCAGUGUUGAAAUUUUGGAAGAGUUGAGUUUGGGAAUUUUAUCUGUGUUUUGACUACGGCAUUUCUUCGAAUAGUUGAUCUGCGUUGUUCGCAUUUGAUUUUCUUCGAAUUGGCUGGGUUUUCAGUCAUCUGGAGCUGAGUAUCUGAUUGGUAUCUGAAGAAUUUGGGCAAUCUGUGAGGAAGAAUCGUAUAGGGUUUAAAUCUUAGGGUUUGGAUGAUUUCUGCUGAAUGAGUAUGAUGUUGGUAUCUUCAAACGUAAUGACUGCAAAUUAAGUGUUAAUGGCGUGCUGCAUUUCGAUGGUGAUAUUCUGAUCUUGAUAAAUUUUGAGAUCAAUCUCUUGGUUAAAAGGAACUCUUUUUUCUUUUUCUUUUUUUGGUAAUUAUGGCUUCAAUUAUACCAAUUCCUUUACCAUCAAUUCCUCCAACAAAUUCCAUUCCUCCUUCAGGGUCUAAUGCUAAUCAGACAACUGACACACCACCCCCUUCAGCCUCUCCUCCUCCAUCUACUCCCUCUCCUCCACCUCCGGAGUCGGCUCCACCGCCGUCUCCUUCUGCCCCUCCUCCAUCCCCACCACAACCUCCUCCUCCAGAAACACCACCACCUGCAUUGCCUUCUACACCACCCCCUUCGCCCCCACCAUCACCACCCUCCCCUGUGUCUCCACCCCCAUCUCCUCCUACUGCCCCGCCUCCGGCUGCCAAUUCACCUCCCCCACCGGCUGUGUCACCGCCACCACCAUCGGGGGGUUCUCCUCCCGAAGAAUCCCCAGCCCCUCCUGCUAUUUCACCCUCUCCUCCCCCUCCAGCUGCAGAGGCUGCACCUCCUACCACUAGUCCACCUCCUCCACCUGCUGCUCAUUCCCCAAAGCAUUCUCCUCCACCACCUACGUCGCCACCUCCUCAAAUUGGUUCCCCACCUAUCCCCCCAACCAGCAGUCCUCCUCCAGCUGCCACUGCAUCUCCUCCUCCCACCCCUUCAUCAUCUUUGUCACCAUCUAUAUCUCCUCCUGCUCCCCCAUACAAUACAUCUAACAAUGGAAGCCUGCCAGCCUCGCCACUUCCAUCACUCCCAGGCUCGCCACUUCCAUCACUCCCUACAGAGAAACCAACGGCAGGAUCAACUCAGCAUAGUCCAAAUAUAACUGCAGAUGUAACAUCAAGGAAUGCUGGUGGUGGUGGUGGUGGUGGUCUAAGAGCUGGAGGUGCAGCAGCAGUAGGCAUUCUUGUGGGAUUUAUGGCUCUUUCUCUUGUCGUUUUGGCCGUAUGGUAUACCAAUAAAAGAAAGAGAAGAAAGGAUGGGUUUAGUCUCAACUAUACCAUGCCAUCACCUUUCGCAUCCUCCCAAAAUUCAGAUUCAUCAUUUCUCAGAUCUCAGUAUUCAUCUCAACUGGCUGGAAGUGCUUCAGCAAACAAUUAUUACUCUUCAGAUGGCGGCUUAAACACUUCAAGGUCAUGGUUCACAUAUCAAGACCUAUCUGAAGCUACAAAUGAAUUUUCAGAAAAUAAUAUUCUGGGUGAAGGUGGAUUUGGGUGUGUUUAUAAAGGAACUUUGGUGGAUGGAAGGGUAGUCGCUGUUAAACAGUUAAAAGCUGGUGGUGGACAAGGGGAGCGUGAAUUCAGAGCAGAAGUUGAAAUCAUUAGUCGAAUACACCAUAGACAUCUAGUAUCACUUGUUGGUUACUGUAUCUCUGAACAACAAAGGUUGCUUGUGUAUGAUUAUGUGCCAAACAACACCCUGCACUACCAUCUGCAUGGUCAAGGCAAGUCUGUAAUGGAUUGGGCUAGUCGAGUUAAAGCUGCAGCUGGUGCAGCACGUGGACUGGCAUAUCUUCAUGAAGACUGCCAACCCCGCAUAAUUCACAGAGAUAUUAAGUCAACAAACAUUCUCUUGGAUAACAACUUUGAAGCCCUGGUUGCGGACUUUGGGCUUGCAAAGCUAGCAUUGGAAUUGGAACUACAUACACACGUGUCAACCCGGGUAAUGGGAACCUUCGGAUACUUGGCUCCCGAGUAUGCAUCAACAGGUAAACUCACUGAGAAAUCUGACGUUUUCUCAUUUGGGGUUGUGCUUUUGGAGCUCAUUACCGGUCGUAAGCCUGUUGACUCAUCUCAACCACUGGGUGAUGAAAGCCUCGUUGAAUGGGCUCGGCCAUUGCUGACUCAAGCACUUGACAAAGAAGAGUUUGGAGAUCUUGUUGAUUCUAAGUUGGAAGAUAACUUCAUUCCAAGUGAAAUGUUCAGGAUGAUCGAAGCAGCUGCAGCCUGUGUGCGCCAUUUAGCUUCCAAAAGGCCGCGGAUGAGUCAGGCAAUGAGAGCUCUAGAUUCAAUGGAGGAGCUGGCAGAUUUGAACAACGGUGUCAAACCGGGCCAAAGUGGGAUUUUCAGUUCGAGGGAACACUCAGCCCAGAUUAAGAUGUUUCAGAGGAUGGCCUUCGGAAGUCAAGACUACAGUUCGGAAUACUUCAAUAACUCUCAAAGCAGCUGGAAGAGUUGAUCGAUUCUGCUACCGGAUGCAAACCCUUUCCUGUGCUCUUUGCCAUGGCGCAAGAGAUAUACGAGCUUCAGCCUCUGCAAAACCAUACCAUCUUGUAAGGUUUGUGCUAUUUUUGAUAGUAACUCAUGGAGGCAGGCGGUUUGUAUGAUGUUACCGCUGUAUUUAUUAGAUUGUGCUAUUGUAAUUACAGUUUGAUGAUGUUGUAUUAUUGAUUUUUCUUAUUUUUUGUAUGUAAAAAAUUUUGUGCUUACGGCCAAGUUAACUGAAUAUCGUCCUUAUUAUUUCUAUACUCUAUACGUUAUUCAUAUUUCUAAUCAACUGUGUAGUUUUUAUUA